GCAGCACUCAGCUGUAGAAACUGCCAAAUUAGUGACCGGUGGAAAAAAUUAUACAAUAUACAUAAAGUAUUAAUUAAAGUACUUAAUAACGAUUUACGAUAUCAUUAUGUCAUUUAAUUUAGGAUUCAUUGGUGGUGGGAAUAUGUCCACAGCAAUUGCCAGAGGCAUAAUAAAAAAUGAUAACCACCCAGUAUCAAAGAUAUGGGUAUCAGGGCCACGAUUACAUAAUCUUCAACAUUGGAAGGAUUGGGGUGCUAAUGUGACAACAAAUAGUGGCGAGUUAGUAAUACAAUGUGAUGUUGUGUUCAUCGGAGUAAAACCUGGUGUAUUAAGUGAAGCUAUAAAUGACUGUUUGCCUACUGUAACACCUUCUUCCAAAAAUGUAUUAUUUAUUUCCAUGUUGGCAGGAACUCCUAUUGAACAAGUGCAUAAGGUUCUGAAACAAUUGCCCAUAAUAUCAAAUGUGAUCCGUAUACUGCCCAACAUACCAAUGACAGUAGGUGCUGGAUCCUGUAUAUAUGCAAUAGACAAUAGCAUAACACAGGAACAGUGCAGGCUACUAGAAAAUUUAUUGCAAGGGUGUGGAGUUGUAGAAAAGAUUCCUGAAAAACUUAUGGACUCUCUGGGUGUCCUCACAGGGUGUGGUCCUGCUUUUAUAUACAUAGUAAUAGAAGCUCUUGCGGACGGCGCAGUCAAGGAAGGUGUACCUCGUGCAAUGGCGUUAAGGCAUGCUGCUCAGAUGGUGGCCGGUAGCGGUCAAAUGGUACUGCAGAGUGGAAAGCAUCCCGGCUUGUUGAAGGAUGAAGUUUGUUCACCCGGUGGGUGCACCAUUUGUGGUGUCACUGCUCUAGAGAAUGGAAAAUUGAGAGCCACAAUGAUCAACGCCAUCGAAGCGGCUGUAGAGAAAACUAGAGAAAUGGGAAAGAAGUAAAUAUUACGACAUUGGGUAAUUUUAUUUUUGCAAGUGAUUAUUAACCCUUUGUCUAUGUCUAGAUCUUAAUUGAAACGUUACCGAAUUUUAAAAUUCGUAUUUUUUUUAAGGUUUUUUAUUUCAAUCACAUGACUGCAAUUAUACGUCUUCAAUACUCGAUAUCUUACUCGUGUAGCGAGGUAUUCGUGAAGCAUUAAAGAAAAACUGCAAAUAACGUAAGGAAUAAAAAUAUAUUAUAACCUUUUCUCAAUGAGCAGCAUGACUAACUUUGUUUGUAGAUUUUUUUGCUGAUAACUAAACUAUGCUCAUUGGCGUGCAUAGAAGAUAUGCACAGGGUAUGCAGAUAAUACAAAAUGAAG